AUGGCAGCCGAAAGUGCGUCAUCCCGCCAAUCAUCUGAUCCUAAACAAGACGGGCGAUCUGCCCAGGAUUCCGAUAAAAAAGAAGAAGGAAAACCCCCACAUGACGAAGGAAAGAUGUUCAUAGGAGGUCUUAAUUGGGAAACAACAGAUGAGAGCCUUAAAACAUACUUUUCACAAUUCGGUGAAGUAACGGAUUGCAUAGUUAUGAGAGAUCCAAAUACAUCGAGGUCUCGUGGUUUUGGGUUUUUGACAUUUGUAGAUCCAAGCGUCGUCAAUACCGUAUUGGUUAAGGAACAUCAGCUGGAUGGUAAAAUUGGGACAACAGAGAGAUGUCAAGAGAUUGAUCCAAAACGUGCUAUUCCUCGCGAAGAACAAGAAAAGACCGAAAAAAUCUUUGUAGGUGGUAUUGCACCUGAAGUUACUGAAGAAGAGUUUAAGGAAUAUUUUUCACAAUUUGGUCAUGUCAUCGAUGCCACUCUCAUGGUUGAUCGUGAUACUGGCAGACCUCGUGGAUUUGGUUUUAUCACGUUUGAUUCUUCUGAACCUGUAGAAAAAGCGAUGAACCGACAGGACUUAGAAAUCCGUAAUAAACAGAUUGAAGUGAAACGUGCGAUGCCUAAACACAAAUCACAACGCGUACAAACACUGUACAGUCAGCAAAGCUAUGGAUCGUCAUCAUCUGCGUCUGCGGGAAUGAUGACAUCACCGGCUAGUUCGGCUAAUAGCAGUUACGGCGGUUAUGGUCAAUAUUCUAAUUAUGGCAGUUACGGAAGUAAUUACCCUAGCGGAUACCCUUAUAGUGCAAUGACUCAUGCAUAUUAUUCUUCAAGGUACGGAAAUUAUGGUAGCCAAUACGGUAGUGGAGGUGGCAGUUACGGUGGAUCUGGAAGUCGUGGUGGAUCCUAUGGUCAAUGGUACGGACGUGAUGGUUAUGGAUCUGGUCCAUCUUCAACCGGGGGUGCUUCUACAUUAGGUGGACCAAGUUCUAGUAGUCGUCUUGGGGGCGGAUAUCGCCAUUCCCCUGGACGUGAUGAUGGUUACGGUGGUAACUCACGAAGCGGUCCUGCACGUUCUUAUUCAUCGAUGAAUGCAAGUGGUACUGGUGCGCUGUACAGCAGUCAUAACGUUCGGGGACAACACAAUUAUCAUCCUUAUGCUCGAUGA